ACAAAUACAGAAUCACAAAACGUCCAUGCAACCAACCCAAAAUUUCAUUACAAUCUUGAUUGCUGCUCUCUACAUGGUAACAUGUUUUGCAGCACAAGAACCCUUGCUUGAGUUCUACAUGCAUGAUAUCCUCGGAGGCAGUAGCCCCACGGGUCGACCGAUAACUGGCUUACUUGGAAACAUUUACAGUGGUCAAGUACCUUUUGCUAAACCUGUAGGAUUCAUCCCCCCACAAGGUGGUGUUGCAAUCCCCAAUGCCAAUGGUGCUAUUCCUACUGUCAACGGCAUCAAUGGUCUUCCUCUAGGAACAGGCUUAGCUGGUACAGCUUUCGCCGGUAAUCCAAACCCGAAUGGUAUCCCUCUAGGACCAGACGGCUUGGGACUAGGCUUUGGAACGAUCACCGUCAUCGAUGACAUACUCACCGCUAGCCCUGAAUUGGGAUCACAGACAAUAGGGAAAGCUCAAGGGGUUUAUGUAUCCAGUUCAGCAGAUGGAACAACCCAAAUGAUGGCAUUCACGGCUAUGGAGGAAGGCGGAGAAUACAACGACAACCUCAACUUCUACGGAGUUUACAAGAUCGGAAGCACCGUGUCACAUGUAUCGGUGAUGGGUGGAACCGGCAAGUUUAAGAAUGCUUGUGGAGUCGCCGAAGUUCGACCGCUUAUCCCACCGGGUCAACAUGUCACGGAUGGAGCUGAGACAUUGCUGAGGAUCACAGUCCAUCUCAAAUAUUAA